UCCAAAAAUGAUAUGCCCACCCUGGUAGAAGUAGGAAAUACUUUAUCCAAUAUAAAAAUGUUGACUUGUGGAGUACCCCAAGGGAGUAUCCUGGGACCACUUUUGUUUCUAAUCUAUAUAAACGACCUCCCUCGAGGAGUGACGGCUUUCAAAAUCUGGCAUUUUCGUUUUAUCUAGCAAAGAACGCAAUACCCUCAAAGCUGCGCUGCGUUCUUUACAAUACACUAAUUAAAAGCAAACUAGAGUACGGACUUGAAUACUUUGGGGGAAGCUAUGGUGUACAGGUUUUGGCCUUUCUCCAAAAGAAGGCAGUCACAUGGAUUGAAGGGACAAGAGCCAAAUCCCACACCAGCCCAAUCUUCAAGAAAUGGAAUAUAUUAAAGAUUGACGAUUUGGUACAAAUGAAACGGGUAGCAUUUAUGUUCAAUGGGGGAUCCCCACGAGGUUUCGUGAAUACAAAUUUGGAUUGCGACUGGGUAAAAUAUUCUAAACAAGAAAUCUUCACUUGAUUCAAAAUAAGCUUCAUGCAACAGAUUAUUAGCCUUUCCAGGUUUUAAGAAGACUUUUAGUGAGCUAACAUGUAUUCCAGACUAUCUCUGCAAGAGCUGCGAAAAAUAUUAAAGUCUAGAAACCUACGAUCACAAGGUCGGAAGGGGGAUUUAGUGGCCCGGCUUGAGGCUACCGAUUCUAUGACCGCGCAUGGGGUUGACCCUGAUCCAGUGAUACCACCCUCUGUCGAAAUGCCCGAAUUGCCAUCGGCAGUAUCGUUUGUUUCACUUCAUCUUGGCAAUGUUAUGAAUCUGCCCAAAAUUAGCAAGGCAACUAUUCAUGCAUAUGCCUUGUAUCGUCAAGUGAAUGAUAGAGAAGCCGCAGGAGACAACGCCGCCAUGAUUCGAGGGUCAAAGAUGGUUGAAAAUAAUGUUCUGGCCCUAAGCUUUGCCAUGGAAAGGCAAUUGUUUUUUUUGACUGGGAUUGUUGCGGCUGAAAUGAAGCAAACCACAUACAAUGUGAUGAUCGUCCUCAGCGAAACAGGACACAUGCGAAACUCAUGUUGCGAGUGCCCAGCUGGCCAAGGACCAAACUCAACAUGCAAGCACGUGGUAGCUGCAAUAUUGGUUGUACCCACGUACAUUGAAACGGGUCAACUCAAAAUCAAAGAGUCCUGCACAGAAAGUCUGCAAACAUUCCACAAGCCACUGAAUGCAUCUCGCGGAAAUCUAGUCAGAGUAGAGGAUAUGGGGAAAAGAUUGACCGAAUAUGAUGUUGACCCAAGAAAGGAGUGUUUCAAGAGGGACCCAUUUAAUCUUCCUCGAAUUCAAAUGGCCACUGUGGCGUUUUGUAAUAUCUCUGGUAAAGACAUUGCUCUUCGGCACACCUUUGGGAAGGCAUUUACCAUCCAGGUUGCUGCCAGCCAUGACCAUCUUUAUCUAUCGAGGCCCAUGACUGAAUACUAGGUUGAUUCCGCUAAUUUUGUUGAUAGUGUGACGUCAGCCCAAAUACAAACAUUAACAAAAGCACAAACCGAUUCAAAGUUAUGGUUUGAUGAGCGGCAAUGGAGAUUAACAGCAUCCAAGUUCGGAGAAGUAUGAGUUAUGAAAUACAUUUAUUCAGUAGUAUUUACUCUUUAAAUUUCUUUCAGAUUAUCAAAGCCACAGACAGAAAGAACAGGAAUGGAUUAUGUUCUAGCAUGUACUCUCCAAAGACAUUGUCAACUCCUGCCAUUUUCCAUGGACGGCAAAAUGAGCCAAUUGCAAUUCAAGCAUGCCAGGAGAAGAUGGGUUUUAUUGUUUCACAAGCGGGUCUUUUUGUGAAUGAGAAGUUCCCUUUCCUGGGCGCCAGUCCAGAUAGACUAAUCGGCGACAAGGGGCUUGUUGAGGUUAAAAGUCCAUUUCUGGGCAGAUUUGACCCAAUAAUGGCAGGAAAAAGAUUCCCUUACUUGAAGCAAGAAGAAGACAGCUUUUACUUGGAUCGAAAUCACUCGUACUAUUUCCAAUGUAUGGGACAGAUGGCAGUGGCAGAGAAAGAGUAUUGCUAUUUUAUUAUCCAUACGGAAAAGGAUUUGUUUGUCGAAAAAAUUGAUUUUGAUAAUGACUUUUUUGAACAGAAAAUGCUACCAAAGCUUGAAAAUUUCUACGAAAUGUACUACAGGCCUUUCGUUGCUUCAAAAUUGUAAUCUAUAAAAAGAUAGUCAACAAAAUAUCCGGAAUCAAUCAAAAGUAUAUGACAGGGCUAAUGCCAUGUUUAGGAGAUGGUGUCCUGGUCAAAGUAUUAUCGUUUAGUCAUGUUGAUUGUAUGACUAUAUAAACCCAGAUUAUACAAAGUUCAUGUUUUAUUUCAUAGUCUCGGAACAAUGCAGGGCAUGUAAUUUGUUAAUGCAAAACAAACAUAAAUGAUACGACCAGAAAUGGAUAAAUAUUUCGAGGUCAAGGGUGCAACUAAUAUCUUGAAGCAUUUGGCAAGUCCUAUGACACGUU